AUGGAAUUAGGUAUAUCUACCUUUACAUGCUUAAAGUUUGCUGUCUAUGUUGAUAACGACUAUCACUUGGAUUCAUUAGGACUCGUACAACUACCACUUAAAAAACCAAAACCUAAACAAAUUGCUAGUAAUAUAAGGGUGGUGAUUGAUUUGUCUUUCGAUUCGUUGAUGACUGACAUGGAAAUUACAUCCGUAUCUUCACAAUUGACUCGUUGUUAUGCUGCCAAUCGGUCUACUUCGCGUCCUGUAAAUUUAUUUUUUACUUCAUAUGGUCAACGAAUUCAAAAUCGUUUCGAUACAAAAAUCCAGAGUCAUAUAAAUUGGAAAGAUGUGAUAUUUGAUACUAAGUCAUAUUUAGAACGUUUCGAUAAAAAUGAUUUGGUAUAUUUGACUGCUGAUGCUACCGAUGUGAUAGAUGAAUUAAAUGAAAAUAAAGUUUACAUAAUUGGUGGAAUAGUUGAUAAGAAUAGACAUAAAAAUCUCUGUUACGAUAAGGCAAAAGAAGAAAAUAUUGCAACUGCUCAAUUGCCCAUCGAAAAUUGUAUUAAAUUGACUACAAGGAAGGUGCUCGCAAUUAAUCAUGUAUUCGAAAUCCUCGUCCGAUGGUUAGAAUGUAAAGAUUGGCAAAAAGCUUUUCUGGAAGUGAUACCUCAGAGGAAAUUCAAUGAUGAAGGAAAGAAAAAAAGGAGAAUAAGAAAAAAUGCCGGUACGAUUGACUUAAAGGAUGAUAUUCCAGAUACCGUGCAAGAUGGUCUCGCGAAAGAAUAUGAACCUUCAGAACAGAUGUAA